AUGUCUAAAGCUUCAGAGAUGAUAGUAAACAUCUGGAUCCUGUGAAAAAGCAGACAAAAGGAAGGGCAUCGGAUCCGAGGCGGCGCGCGCUGAGCCAAGCAUCUGAGCACCUUGGAGACGCCAUCGGGUUCUGAUACGACGCGCAAGAACGCACCGGCACACCGACGCACACGCCCUCCCUGAUCUACCUGAAACCUCUAGGAAGGUUAAUUGUCUUGUUUGAAAGCCAAGGCAAGGUACUGUGAGCCCCGGUUCAGUCGCAGCCAGAACACCGUGUUCCCAUGAUGUCAUACCUGUGGAUUCUGCUAUUAGGAAGCCUGCUGGCCGCGAGCGCCAAGGCACAAGAUGAUGCAGCCCCAACAGAGGAGGCAACGGCCCUUGAGACCACUGAGGAACCGACCCCUGAAGCAGACGCAGCGGUAGAGUCCAGCGAAGAUACUGCAGCUGAUGAGGAAACUGAAGAAACAUCUGAGGAAUUAUCGCCGCCUGAGCCUGAGACUACUGAGGACCCCACUGAAGAGCCUGAGUCCACUGCUGACCCUGAACCCACUGCUGAGGCUGAAGAGGUGACUCCUGCAGCUGAUGAUGAUGCAGACUCUACGACUCCUGAAGAAGAAGAAGAAGAAGAAGAAGCUUUGACUACUGUAGCAACAGACAUAGAGGAGGAUGCAGAAACAACACCAGCUGUGCCUGCAGCUGAUCCCGAGACUCCGGAACCAGAGGCUGAUCAACCAGCUUCUAAAGAGGAAGCAAGCAAAGCUACCACGCCUCCUCCAAAGAAGAGUGGAGCAGACCCAGACGCAGAGGAUAGUGAGGAAGAACCAACUGAUCCAGUGGCCCCUGUCCCAACAAUCAAACCAAAUGUGGUUGCACCUGAGGAGAAUUCAGAUCUGGGAUUCAACUUGGAGGAUGCUCUGGCAGAAGGACCUGCAGUGGAGAACCCAGCAAAGCCAGGAAAGAGCCGCAGUAUGGAAACAGGCCCUCAAGCUGCUGAAGCCACAGGAGAUGUAGACAAACCUGAUGCUCAAGAGGCCAGUUCCGGCUCUUUAGCAGGUAUCCUGAGUGCAGUUGUUAUUGCUGCAGUGGGAGGAGUUGCUGCAUACAUCACCUACCAGAAGAAGAAGUUGUGCUUCAAAAACAGACAGGAAGCAGAUCCAGAAGCUGCACGCAAAGCUGAUACCGCCGAGGCUCAGUCAGAUCCCCAGGUACUUAGCAACCUGCUGAACUCCUCCUAGACCAGCAAUGAUCACAUGACCGCCUGGAACAACCAACGGCAAGCAGAGUGGCAAUCUCACUGUUCAGCUCUAUUGUGUGUGGAGCUAAAUUACUGUGAGGCCCCACAGUAGGGCUGUGUGUUUGUGUGUGUGUGUGUGUGUGUGUGUGUGUGUGUGUGUGUGUGUGUGUGUGUGUGUGUGUGUGUGUGUGUGUGUGUGUGUGUGUGCGAAUGUGUGUGAGUUUCUGUCUGUUUUUGAUGUGUAUGCAUGUGUGUCUGAAUGAGUGUGCGUGAGAACAAGCAUAUGUGAGUUCUUUUUUGUGUGUUUGAAAAAAAGUAGGGGAAAAGUAAUAAAAGACAGAAUAAAUAUGUGAACCUAAGGGAUUUAAUUAUUGUGACGACAUAGGAAUUUAUCAAAUAAUCGGUCAAACUUUCUACUUUAAACCAAAUUCAGUUGUUUUUUUUAAAUAGGAGACAUUAAAGAGAUUAAAUCUCAAAAUAAGUAUGACCAUGAGAUGGCUAAAUUAUGAAUCUAUCUUUUUUAUUUCAUUCAUAUGGCUACUAUAGAUUUCUAGUAAUUCAGUGUGAAUAGAAACCAGUGACGGAUACUUUGUAAUGAAUUCUUAAAACGACUUCUUUAUUUUUUCUGCAUACUCUGCCAUUGUAUGAGCCACCCAUUUGAUUUGAAAAACCUCCUGGACACUUCAGUGAAACAUGUCAAACACAUUUUUUUCAUUUUCAUUGUAAUCGUCUACAGCACAGGGUAAAUGGAAAACAGGGGGCUUCAAUAACUACCACUGUCUCCCCUGCAUUCUUGGAAAAAUAGUAGUGGGUUAUAAUCAGAGGAUUGUGGGGAUGCAGUUACAAGGUCCAAUGUGUUUUUGUGGGCCACUGAUGUCACUGUGUGUGUAUUCUUGUGUGUGUCCUUAAUUGGUGAAGGGGCGUAUUUUAAAACCUGUGUGGAGACCAACACUUCUCUGUCAGUUCAGUGCAUUCAAUGGAGAUCUGUGAAAUCUGCAAUAACUCAAAACAAAAAUCCUGUUCAAACAAACUCAGACAGGUCAUUUUAACCUGAUCACAAUCCCCAAAUACACACAUUUCUCCCCAGAAGAAAUACAGAGAUUUAAAGACUAGGUGAAAUUCACUGAGUUGAGUUGAAGUGUAGUCCAGCUGUUUUGAAUGUCUACCUGACAAGGACAGGCUCAAAAUGAGAUAAUGUAAUAAUGUAAUAGACAAUGUUCUGAUGUAGUGUGUGUCAGUCUAGUUGUGAUGCAGUACUUUCUCCUCUCUAGUGCCUUUCACUGACACAGCCUGGCUUGAACAAUCGACAGACACAAAGAGAGCUGGGACAAUGAAAGUGAAAACAGGCAAAAUAGUAGAUGAAUGUAAUUAAAAAAAUAUAACAGUGAGAAAUUUGAGGAAUGUAUGAUUUUAAUCCACUCAUAAAUAAUCAUGUUGGUGGUUGAAAAAGCCUCACCUUGAACUGCUCAUGUAUGUGAAACUGUUACAUGAAUGUGACAGCUGCUGUAUAUGUGUUCACAGUGGGCCAGUGUGCUGUUUUAUUCUUAGUACUUUUAUAUUGACCAAUAAUGCAUUCCAAACUCCAUUAUUUCAAAGCUAAAAACUUUCCUCAUUGAGUGUCUCUUAAUUUGAGCAAGCCAGUUGCUGUCUUAGUGUUUUUUCUAUCAGUCAUAUCUCCAUUCUGGGAUUUUUUAUGGCAAUUUUACAUUUAGCAGUGGUGCCUCAGAGCUGUCACAGAUAGUCUUGAGUCAACUUGUUUGCUGUGGUAUUUUGUGAAUAUUAUUGUGAAAUGCCUCAGAAGCAGCGCUACUGCAUUUUGAAAAAAAAUAGUCAACAUUUUUUUGUUGUUGUUUUCUGCAGCUGUAGCACAAAAUACAAACUUCUGAAUGUCUUUUUGUUGCCUUGCAGUUUUGUACUUGCUCUGCUCCCUUUAAAGUUUCAAAUAGGGUCAUAGAGUUUUGCAUCGUGCUGCAGCUCAUGUAAAGUGUGUUACUUGUAAAGCGCCAUAUAGCUGCAAUACAGGACAGAGACUGUUGCUAACAGCCUAGCCACAAGCUGAGAUUUAUUAAUAGUCUGUGAUGUCACAUAUCGACUAAUUCUACUGUAUAGACUGUGGGCUGGUUGCCGGAUCAAAGCGCUGCCUUCUUAUCCUGUUACCUGUGAUAGACUGAGUUUCUCUCAACACAUCGGGACCAAGUGGAAAGUGUGUACUAAUUCUCUUACUACAAUGGUAUAGAGUUCUACUGCACAAGAUACCCGUUAAAUAUAAGUACAAGCUUUCUCGAUAGAGCCAAUGCUGCCUUUAAAACACACAAUCCUUCAAAAUAAAAGCACUCUGCUGUCCUGCAGUGCACAUUCAGAAAUCUAACUGGGACUGAUUUGAUGUAAAGCAAACUGAAACAAUACAUCUUCGAAUAAUGGAAUAAGGACUACUUUUGUUUUGUGCAUUGUGGCCCCAGAAAGUCAGAUUCCUUGUGAACACAAAUAGUUGGAGCGUAGCAUCCAAACCAGAAUGUAAAACAAGGAAAUUGAAGACUUUCUGGGUUCUGAAGUGUGCAUUUCAGAAAAUGAUAUGGCAUUAAUAACUGCGCCAAACCAGUUCUGCCUUACGAUAGAAGGGAAAACAAAGAACCGUGUCAACAAAGGAAAUAAGCAUUGAAACAAGCAGGUGAUUUGAAUCUCUACGGGAGAGCACUUUCCUAUCCUGUAUACAUCUUGAUUCAUUAAACAUAUUUAGACAACUCAUGUUUGAUUUAGACUAGUGAUUCUUCCUUUUUAUUUAAAUGUUCUGUGUUUUUGUGUGUCUCCUUCAUUUUUUGUCAUCUGGCACUUGUGUUGUUCUCCUGGAAUUGUGUAAAUAAUGUUUGAGGAGUCAAUUAAACAGUUUUCGUGGGA